AUUCGUUUUGGCGGUUGGUUUAAACUUUGAAUUCUUAAGGCCGUGGGCUGUAAUAUUCGUUAUAAUAUAAUGGAAAUGAUUUGGUUUGAUUUCAAAUGAACGUGUUAACAAAUGCGAUACUAGAGCAUUCUUAGAUUAUUUACAAAGUGUUAACAUAUUUUAAAAACACAUAACAAAAAGACGGUUUAAGUCCAUCUGUGCACGUGUGUUUUCACGUGUUCAGUAAUAUCAGUCACACCAGGAAUAUCUUCUUCUUCUAUUUGGCGUAACGUCCUACGUGAACAUGCCGGCCUAUACACAUAGUAGGAUAUAUAGUCAUCCUUUCUCCGAGGAGACGGUCUAUUCUAGACUUGAACCCAUGACAGGCAUGUCAUUCGAGUUGACGACUGUACCAUUGAACACUAGGAACAUACAAAGGUUUUUAGACCAUACUUCGAAUCAACCAAAAAGAUAACUUAAACCUGAUUUACAUGUUUCCAAUGUUUGUAAUCUGCAGCACGAAUGAACUGCAAUGGAUCGUGCAAUCACACACACACACGCACGAAUGAUGAAUAAAUGCACCAAUGCAUGAUUUUGUUCACGCAUCGAACUUAGAAGGAUACCGCGUGCAGACAUGUUCCAUGGUCGAUCAUGCAAGGAAAAAUAAAGCCAGAAUUGAUACAAAACCAACCAAAGCAGGCUGGUUUAAAAUGUGCUCAUACUCACCCCGUGCGGUACCGUUGCUAUGUGGUCCAUUCUGAAGCUAUCCUCCAGUCUACCUCUUGUUGGUAGUUUUCUACCCUGUUUGAGGAGACGCCUAAGCACCAUAAACCGUUUGAAUGUUGAUCUGCACUGUGGAACCGUGUGUGGGAUUGUUGAGAAGCUGCCGGAUGGGAACGAUUUCUACGCCUUUCGUGGCAUACCGUACGCCGAGCCCCCAGUCGGUGAGCACCGUUUCCAGCCUCCAGUUCCGGUGACGAAGUUCGUAACGUCCGUGCUGGACUGCAGCACGGAACGGGACACAUGUGUGGCGAAAAAUCCCUUCAACCAGCAAUGGCAAGGCUCGGAAAACUGUUUACAUCUGAACGUGUACACGCCGCAGAUGAACCGGCCCGACGCACCCCUUCCGGUGAUGGUAUUUAUCCACGGCGGAGCGUUCAAGUAUGGCAGUGGGAAUAGCGAUUGUUACUCACCAGAAUAUUUGCUCGAGCAAAAUGUGGUCGUCGUAACGUUCAACUAUCGGCUCGGUCCGCUCGGCUUUCUGCAUCUGCCGUCGCAGGGCAUCGAGGGUAAUGCGGCGCUUCACGAUCAGCUGCUCGUCCUACGCUGGGUUGCUGACAACAUCGCUCACUUCAACGGUGAUCCGCACAAUGUGACGCUGUUUGGUGAAAGUGCCGGCGCCGUAUCGGUUCACCUGCAUCUUCUGUCGCCCCUGUCCACACCGUUCUUCCACAAAGCGAUCUGUGAGAGCAGCGUGGCGCUAGCAGAUUACGCCGUACCGAACGAUACGCUUGGGAACUCGCGACGCCUUGCGCAGCUGCUCAAUCCUUCUGCCCACAGUGAUGCAGAGAUGGUGGAAACGUUACGGUCGGCACCAGCACAGCGGUUGGCCGAGCUUUGCGAUCGAACGGCAAUCGGGGAGGAGAAGCGUGGCUCCAUCCUAAUGCCCUUUCGACCGGUGGUGGACCAGUCGGCGAAGGAACCAAUCGUUCCGUUGCAUCCUAUUAAAGCAUUGGGCAUUGAUGGUCGCAUUCCUGCCAUAUCGCUGCUGCUCGGUUACAACAACCGGGAGGGUGGUUCGUUUCUUACGCACAUCCUGAAGCACCCCGAGCUCUACCGAGCAGACCUGGAGCGGCUCAUUCCGCGCACGAUCGAUGUAACGCAUGGCACGCCGGAAGCGAAAGAGCUGGCCCGUGCGAUCGAAGCGUUCUACUUCGGCCCGGAAGGCCUCUCCCAUCGCAAGGUAAACGAAUGUGCCGAUCUGAUGUCGGACUUUAGCUUUACGAUCCUGAUGAGGGUGACAGCAGAAAUGCAUGCCCGGUACCAGCACCGGUCGCCACUGUUCUUCUAUCGGUUCGAGUACGAUGGAGAGUUGAAUCAGUACAAGAAGUUUCUGCCUUUCCCAAUUGCCGGAGCCUACCAUGCCGACGAGCUGGGAUAUCUGUUUCGUAUGCGAAUGCGGCCGAAAGAGGUACAGCCACAGUCGGUCGAAGCACGUGUACGCCGGUACAUGUGCCGGAUGUGGACCAACUUUGCCCGGUACGGCAAUCCGACACCGCCGCACGAUGAGUCGCUCCGUUUCGGCUGGACGCCAGUGCCAACGCUCGAACCGGACUCCAAUGCACCGUUCCACCUGCCGUACCUGCGCAUCAACGGCGAACCGGAGAUGGCGCUCGAUCCGGACAAGGAAAGGAUAGACUUUUGGCGACAAAUUUAUGACAAAUUCAAUGGAGGAUUCCACAAAUCCGUCGCUAAGCUUUAGAAUCGUUUAUUCCAGCCCUUAUUUAUGACUUCAUUUUGUUUUUAAACCCCCGAUUUGUUCUGCCUAAUUUGCUUAUCAGCAAUUUGUCAACACUUCAAAACAAUUACACUACCCC